AAUAUGUACAAAACAAUUUUUUUUCAUAAGAUACAAGUGGAGAAAUGAGAUUACUGUCAUGACUGUUAGUAAACUGAUCUGUAUCAAUAUGCCUUCUGCUAGACUACACAUAUUUAACCUAAGUUGUUUUUAACAUGGGUUAAAUUACCUCUUGUAUAGAUGCACUUAUGUAGCAUAUUCAAGGAAAAUGUAUGAAUGAGAUGGUUAAAUGCAGUAUUAUUCUCCAUGUGAAACAGGUGAUUUCAGAAAGGAAAACAAAUAUCAGAUGACAGAUGACCAUUAAUUUUAUUGCAGAUAACUGCUGAAGCAGAUUGUGUGCACACACGCGCGUGCGCACACACACCCACACAUAAUCCAAAGAACUGCAGAAUACCAUAAAACGACAUGUUAGAUGCAAAAAGACUCGUUUGAACAUCGAUCAUUUCAACAAGAUGCCUGCUUCCUGUUCGUUUUGUUCCAAACAGACGAACCUUCUGAGGUGCUCUGCGUGUCACGUGGCAGUGUAUUGUUCCAAGGAGUGUCAGAGGAAACACUGGAAAUCACACAAAGACCAGUGCAAGAAGAUCCAGGAACAGACCGGUGCAAGGGAAGGUCAAAACAAAAGUACGAAAAGUCACAAGACCAUUGACAAUCACAAUGAUCCCAGAGGCACUAGUUCUGGUUCUAGAAGUACAGAAACCAGCAAGACCUUUGACAAUCACAAUGAUCCAAGAACAACCACUAAUUCUGGUUCUAGAAGUACAGAAACCAACAAGACCUUUGACAAUCACAAUGAUCCAAGAACAACCACUAAUUCUGGUUCUAGAAGUACAGAAACCAACAGCUCCAAAGCAAAAACUCCCAGUUCGACACCAAGAGAACAGAAGUGUUCAUCCUGUAAGACAUUUUUUAAACAAGGAUCAGGCAAACCUUGUCCAUUUUGUGAAGAAACUAUGUAUUGUUCAGCCGAGUGUCGUUCCAAAGAUGUUAAGAUUCACCACGACGUGUGCAAGACAAAAGACGAUAUGAUGUUUGUAAAACAUUCUUUGACUAUGUCUCGAUCAGGUGUCCUGCAGGUAAAUUAUGUUUCACCUAUCACUAUAUCAGAUUUAACAGAUGAUGGUGCCUCAGGAGCAGCAGCAGGAUCUAGUUCCACAAAUGGGAAGGAAUCUGAUUCUACUAAGAUUGAGGAAUGUCGUAUCUGCAAGUCGAGGGAUGCACGUUUGAAGAGUUGUGCCAAAUGCAGCAAGGUUUUCUACUGCUCUAAAGAAUGCCAGAGGAAAGACUGGCCGUCACAUAAGAAGGAAUGCCUGAACAUAGAUGGUAAAAUUGGAACAGAGGAAUUUAAGGAACAGAAGAAAGAGGAGCAGCAUAAAAAGCAAGCAGAAAAGGAUGAUUCAAGACUACAACACCUCGUUGAUAUGGUGGAAAGGAUGGACCAGAGAUCCGAACAUGAAAUGCACUUUGUGCCCUCUCAACCAUGCAUGUCGAUAGCAGACGCUCGGGUGUUGGCAAGAAACCAUUACCCGUUGCUUCAAAUCAUCGAGAAUCUGCGUGCGAUAUCACAAGAGAGUCUUUUUUCCACACCUCGGAACAACUCCACCAUCCUCCUGGCCAGAAUUUCGAGAUAUCAUCCUUACAAAAGACGCCAUGCUGUUCAUAUCGAGGAUUCUCUUGGGCAGGAAACAUUUGUGAUGUUUUACUUUGACGAUGAUGACCCCGAACCAUAUUUCUACUGGAACCUGGUCACUCCUGGAAACUACCUAUGUUUCCGUGGUCCGUUUUUCCACCACUUUGUAGAUGGAACCACAGGAAUCCGAAUAGACGACCCUAGUGAAGUGUUUAUUAUUCACAAGGGUUUAAAACGUAAAACUCAUUUGUACAUCGAUCAUUUCAACAAGAUGCCUGCUUCCUGUUCGUUUUGUUCCAAACAUCAGACGAACCCUCUGAGGUGCUCUGCAUGUCACGUGGCAGUGUACUGCUCCAAGGAGUGUCAGAGGAAACACUGGAAGUCACACAAAGACCAGUGCAAGAAGAUCCAGAAACAGACAGGUGCACUGGAAGGUGAAAACAAAAGUACGAAAAGCCACAAGACCGUUGACAAUCACAAUGAUCCCAGAGGCACCAGUUCUGGUUCUAGAAGUACAGAAACCAACAAGACCUUUGACAAUCUCACUGAUCCCAGAACCACUAAUUCUGGUUCUAGAAGUACAGAAAUCAACAGCUCCAAAGCAAAAAAAACUCCCAGUUCGACACCAAGAGAACAGAAGUGUCCAUCCUGUAAGACAUUUUUUAAACAAGGAUCAGGCAAAGCGUGCCCAUUUUGUGAAGAAACUGUGUAUUGCUCAGCCGAGUGUCGUUCCAAAGAUGUUAAGGUCCACCACGACACGUGCAAGACAAAAGACGAUAUGACGUUUGUAAAGUGUUCUUUGACUAUGUCUCGAUCAGGUGGCCUGCAGGUAAAUGAUGUUUCUCCCAUCACUGUGUCAGAUUUCACAGAUGAUGGUGCCUCAGCAGCAGCAGGAUCUAAUCCCACAAAUGGGAAGGAAUCCGAUUCUACUAAGAUUGAGGAAUGUCGUACCUGCAAGUCGAGGGAUGCACGGUUGAAGAGUUGUGCCAAAUGCAGCAAGGUUUUCUACUGCUGUAAAGAAUGCCAGAGGGAAGACUGGCCGUCACAUAAGAAGGAAUGCCUGAACUUAGAUGGUAAAAUUGAAACGGAGGAAUUUAAGAAAUGGAAGAAAGAGGAGGAGCGUAAAAAGCGAGCGGGAACGGCUGAUCCCAGACUACAACACUUCAUAGAUAUGAUGGAAAUGAUAGACCAGAGAUCCGAACACGAAAUGCGCUUUGUGCCCUCUCAACCAUGUAUGUCGAUAGCAGAUGCUCGGGUGUUGGCAAGAAACCAUUACCCGUUGCUUCACAUCAUCGAGAAUCUGCGUGGGAUACCACAGGAGUGUCUCUUUUUCACACCUCGGGACAUGUCCACCGUCCUCCUGGCCAGAAUUUCGAGAUAUCAUCCUUACAAAAGACGUCACGCUGUUCACGUCGAGGAUUCUCUUGGGCAGGAAACAUUUGUGAUGUUUUAUUUCGACAAUGACCCCAAACCAUAUUUCUACUGGAACCUGGUCAUUCCUGGAAACUACCUAUGCUUCCGUGGUCCGUUUUUCCACCACUUUCUGGAGGGAACCACAGGAAUUCGAGUAGACGACCCUAGUGAAGUGUUUAUUAUUCACAAGGGUUUAAAACGGUAUGCAGGAAGGAGUCUACGGCAAGCGAAAUUUCUAGUGGGCUCAAGUCAUGAUCCCUCCGAAAAUAUGUUAUAAAAUGACAAAAUUCACUUGAGCAGCAGGGGAUUUCGACACCCGAAACCCACCCCUGCACACGCACCUGCUUUCAGUAGCUUAAAGGGACUAAUCCUGAGUUUUCAGCGCUAGCAAGACUUCCAUUUUGCUCCCCCAAUAAAAUAAACACAUCCUACUUUUACCUCUUUUUUUUUCCUUUUUAUAUCAAGCAUUAUAUGGAUAAAUAUAUUUGGAAUGACCUUUGGUCGUAUAUAUUUCAAAUUUCAUUUGGCCAUUGGAGGAAAUAAUAAACUUGUACAUAAAUAUUUUUAUUUUAGACCGAAAUUAAUAUUGAUUAAGACACUACAAAAUAUUAGUCACCACUUCCUGGGCUACUCUUUUCAAUUAGCAGCAAGGGAUCUUUUAUAUGCACCGUCCCACAGACAGGAUAUUACAUACCACGGCCUUUGUUACACCAAUUGUGGAGUACUGGCUGGAACGAGAAAUA